AGCCAAGGAGCAGGCAGUGCAUAGACACAUUGCCACGUCAGAAUCGCUUGUGGAAUAUUCAAAAUAGUUUUCAAAUUGUACGGCAAAUAUUUAAAUAUAAAUUUAAGCGAUUAGAGCAAAACUCGUAAAUCGUUGUAAAUUGUGUUUUUUGUUGUUUUUGUUGGCAUGUUCAAAGUGUCGCAGGAGUUACGUUUAAAUGCGAGCGCAGCGGGCAAUGUGGGCCAGGGAGUGGGUGGCUGCGAUGCCACCGAUGGCAACAGUCCCGAGAGUGUUUGUAUUUUUGGGCGAUAUCAGCGCACGCCCGAUGCGGAUGCAUAUCCCACAGAGCCGCCGAAUGUUUACAUAGCACCCGAGCUGACCGAUGCACGCAAGGUGCAGCUGCUCCAUUUGCCCAGCGGCGCUGUGCGCAUCAAUUCCACAGCCAGCUUCAUCAUCAAACGCAACGGAGUUAAGGGCAACUUUGAUGUGCGCCUCGAGAGUCCCAGCGGUCAGCAUGGUUGCCCUUUGGAGCUGCUGCAACUUGAUCCUGAACGCUUUCAGGUGCAAUGCCACCUGCCACAGGCGGGUCUCUACAAGGUGCACAUCAAAUGCAAUUCUGUGCCGUUGCCCAAAUCGCCGUUUAUUAUUGUGACCAUAGCUGGGGCUCCUUUGGCGGAGGCGGGCACAGAGACAACUGCAGCCAGUCCAGCAAUGCCCACCUUUGAGUCGGAUGCCAGCAGAGUGCAAAGUCGUGGUUUGGGGCUGACACACGUUAAUCUUCUCGAGCGAAAUGAGUUCACUGUGGAUGGAAGUGCGGCAGGCAGCAAUAUGCUGUUUGUGGGCAUCUUGGGACCUCAGGGACCCUGCGAUGAGGUGCUGCUCAAGCAUUUGGGUCGCAACAUUUAUCGUGUCACGUAUCAAGUGCGAGAUCCAGGCGACUACAUCCUGGUGGCCAAGUGGGGUGAUGAGCACAUUCCUGGAUCGCCAUUUAGUCUCAGCGCCGAAUAGUUCUCCAAAAAUAAUCCAUAUACGAAAAGCGUUCGAGUUCUUAAAUGUAACCAAAUUUAAUAUGAUUUGUAAUGUUAUUUUAAAUUAAAACAGACCAAAAUUAAUAUUAUUAGAAUUUUUAGCGUAUAUUUUGUUAGAGAAAAUAAUUAAUUUCAAAACAAGUAGCAAUUAAAUAAAUCAGUUGCUUAACAUAGAAAUUAAUACCUUUUAAAUAAAGUAGAUAAAUUAAAA